GUAUUCUCUUGACUGCUGCUAAACUAUUAAUCAUUCAUCCUGAACUUAAAACUCAGAGAUGAUAUAGCAGAUAAAGUGUUUGGUGCAUCCUUCCUGCAUCAGCAGAGACCCUGAUGUCCACCCUGAGGGGCAGGUGCUGACCCACAUCUGGCGUGCCAUUCAUCCUGCAGUCAUUUUCUCUCUCAGUAUCUAAAUGCCCCAGUGUUCUCAGGGCAACUUGGGCUGGGACCACUGGUGCCUUUUCAGACCAUAAAACCAUGGGAAACGCUGAAAGUCAGAAUGUAGAGCAUGAGUUUUAUGGAGAGAAGCACGCCAGCCUGGGGCGCAAGCAUACGUCCCGCUCUCUGCGCCUGUCGCACAAGACACGGAGGAGCCGGCACGCGUCCUCGGGCAAGGUGAUCCAUCGCAACUUGGAUGCCAGCACUCGCUCCAGCAGCACGCCCAGCAUCCCCCAGUCCUUGGCCGAAAAUGGCCUGGAGCCCUUCUCCCAGGAGGGGCCCCUGGAGGAUUUCGAGAGCCCCAUCUGGGUGGACCGGGUAGAGAUGGGCUUGAGACCCGUGUCCUACACCGACUCGUCCAUCGUGCUCACGGCCACCUCGGUGCAGAGCAUGCCAGAGCCGGAGCAGAGCCGGCUGUACAGCGGCGACGCGCGCUACUUGGCAGAGGGUGGCUUGCAGCAGCGGCCCUAUACGUGCCACGGGCCUGUGUUCAUGGAGACGGCGAGCUUUAAGAAGAAGCGCUCCAAAUCCGCAGACAUCUGGCGGGAGGACAGCCUGGAGUUCUCCCUCUCCGAUCUGAGCCAAGAGCACUUAACCAGCAACGAGGAGAUCUUGGGUUCCGCGGAGGAGAAGGAGGGUGAGGAGACCAGGGGGAUGGGCACCCAGGCGAGCCCACGGCCACUGAGCGCCGGCCAGCGUGCCAACUCCCUGGGCAGCCUGUACGCGCAGCAGAAGUCUGUGGCCGGCACUGCCAAUGGGGGGCAGAGGAGCAAAUUUGCAGGCUAUGGCCGGAAUCUGGUGUCAGAUAUUCCUGAUCUGGCGACCCACAAGAUGCCAGCACCUGCCACGGAAGAGGCGCUUCCUCCCUACAGUAAUUACAACACGCUGCCCUGCAGGAAAUCGCACUGUCUAUCCGAGGGGGCCACCAACCCCCAGAUCAGCCACAGUAACAGCAUGCAAGGCAGACGAGCUAAGACCACUCAGGAUGUUAACGCAGGCGAGGGCAGCGAGUUCGCUGACAGCGGGAUCGAAGGUGCCACCAUCGACACCGACCUCCUGUCCAGGCGAUCCAAUGCCACCAACUCCAGCUACUCACCACCGACGGGCCGCGCCUUCGUGGGCAGCGACAGCGGCAGCAGCUCCACCGGGGAUGCCGCCCGCCAGGGUGUGUACGAGAACUUUCGGCGGGAGCUAGAGAUGAGCACCACCAACAGUGAGAGCCUGGAGGAGACUGGCUCGGCACACAGCGAUGAGCAGAGCAGUGGCACCCUCAGCUCUCCGGGCCAGUCCGACAUCCUGCUGACGGCCGCCCAGGGCACGGUGCGCAAGGCGGGCGCCCUGGCCGUCAAGAACUUUCUGGUGCACAAGAAGAACAAGAAGGUGGAGUCAGCCACACGGCGCAAGUGGAAGCAUUACUGGGUAUCCUUGAAAGGGUGCACACUUUUUUUCUACGAGAGUGACGGCAGGUCUGGAAUUGACCACAACAGCAUCCCCAAGCACGCCGUGUGGGUGGAGAACAGCAUUGUGCAGGCCGUGCCUGAGCACCCCAAGAAGGAUUUCGUUUUUUGCCUCAGCAACUCCCUGGGUGAUGCCUUCCUCUUUCAGACGACCAGCCAGACGGAGCUUGAAAACUGGAUCACCGCCAUCCACUCUGCCUGUGCAGCCGCUGUUGCGAGACACCACCACAAAGAAGACACGCUUCGGCUUCUAAAGUCUGAGAUUAAGAAAUUGGAGCAAAAGAUUGAUAUGGAUGAAAAGAUGAAGAAAAUGGGUGAGAUGCAGCUGUCAUCUGUCACCGACUCCAAGAAGAAAAAGACCAUAUUAGACCAGAUCUUCGUUUGGGAGCAGAACCUUGAACAGUUCCAAAUGGACCUCUUCCGUUACCGCUGCUACCUAGCCAGCCUCCAGGGUGGGGAGCUGCCAAACCCCAAAAGGCUACUUGCUUUUGCCAGCCGACCAACAAAAGUGGCCAUGGGUCGCCUGGGAAUCUUCUCCGUCUCAUCUUUUCAUGCCCUGGUGGCAGCACGCACAGGAGAGACGGGGGUGAGGCGGAGAACUCAGGCCAUGUCCAGAUCAGCCAGCAAGCGAAGAAGCAGGUUUUCUUCCCUCUGGGGGCUGGACACCACUUCCAAAAAGAAGCAGGGACGCCCCAGCAUCAACCAGGUAUUUGGGGAAGGCACGGACUCUGUCAAGAAAUCUUUAGAGGGGAUAUUUGAUGACACCGUUCCCGAGGGCAAGAGGGACAAAGACAUGGUCCUACCCAGCGUCCACCAGCACAAUCCUGACUGUGACAUUUGGGUCCAUGAAUAUUUCACACCCUCCUGGUUCUGUCUGCCAAAUAACCAGCCAGCCCUGACGGUGGUCCGGCCAGGGGACACUGCCCGUGACAUCCUGGAGCUAAUCUGCAAGAUGCACCAACUGGAUCAUUCUGCCCAUUACCUGCGCCUGAAAUUUCUAAUCGAGAACAAAAUGCAGCACUACGUCCCCAAGGUGGAGGAGGACAUCUAUGAGCUGCUCUACAAAGAAAUUGAAAUUUGUCCAAAAGUCACUCAAAACUUCCAGAUUGAGAAGUCAGACACAGCCGGUGAUAAUUAUGGGUUCUCACUCUCUUCUGUGGAGGAAGAUGGGGUGCGUAGGCUGUAUGUGAACAGUGUGAAGGAAACUGGCUUAGCCUCCAAGAAAGGUCUGAAAGCCGGAGAUGAGAUUCUCGAGAUUAAUAACCGAGCUGCCGGCACCCUGAACUCAUCUGUGCUCAAAGAUUUCCUCACACAGCCAUCGCUUGGCCUCCUGGUGAGGACCUACCCAGAUCCCGAGGCAGGCGUGGAGCUGCUGGAGAAUCCACCUCAUCGCGUGGACAGCCCCUCGGACCUCAGCGACAGCCCCCUCGCCUUUCUCUCCAGCAACCCAGGACACAGUGUCUGCAGUGAGCCAAGCAGCAGUGCUGAAACCCCUCCCGAAGACACCGAAGGGCCUGACUUAGAAUCCUCAGAUGAGACGGAUCACAGCAGCAAGACAACCGAAGUGGCUGCCGGUUUUUGCCGGGAGCUGCAUGAGAUGAGCUCCUCGGACACCAGCCCAUCUCCUCAGGACCCCAGUGCCCCACAGCUGGCCACCAUGAGGCAGCUCACAGACGCCGACAAGCUGCGCAAGGUCAUCUGUGAGCUUCUGGAGACAGAGCGGACCUACGUGAAGGACUUAAACUGUCUCAUGGAGAGAUAUCUGAAACCUCUGCAAAAGGAAACUUUUCUUACCCAAGAUGAGCUUGAUGUGCUCUUUGGAAAUUUGACCGAAAUGGUGGAGUUUCAAGUCGAAUUCCUAAAAACGCUAGAAGAUGGUGUGAGACUGGUCCCUGAUUUGGAAAAGCUUGAGAAAGUCGAUCAGUUUAAGAAAGUGCUGUUCUCGCUGGGAGGCUCCUUCCUGUACUAUGCUGACCGCUUCAAGCUUUACAGUGCCUUCUGCGCCAGCCACACAAAGGUUCCCAAAGUCCUGGUGAAAGCCAAGACGGACACGGCUUUCAAGGCGUUCCUGGAUGCCCAGAACCCGAGGCAGCAGCACUCGUCCACUCUGGAGUCUUACCUCAUCAAGCCCAUCCAGAGGAUUCUCAAGUACCCACUGCUGCUGCGGGAGCUGUUUGCUCUUACAGAUGCUGAGAGCGAGGAGCACUACCACUUGGAUGUGGCCAUCAAGACCAUGAACAAGGUUGCAAGCCACAUCAAUGAAAUGCAGAAAAUUCACGAAGAGUUUGGAGCCGUAUUUGACCAACUGAUUGCGGAGCAAACUGGGGAGAAAAAGGAGGUUGCAGAUCUGAGCAUGGGUGACCUGCUUUUGCAUACCACAGUGAUUUGGCCAAACCCACCAGCCUCCCUGGGAAAGUGGAAGAAGGAGCCUGAAUUGGCGGCCUUUGUCUUCAAAACUGCUGUGGUCCUGGUGUACAAAGAUGGUUCCAAACAGAAGAAGAAACUCGUAGGAUCUCACCGACUUUCCAUCUAUGAGGACUGGGACCCCUUCCGGUUCCGGCACAUGAUCCCUACCGAGGCUCUGCAGGUUCGAGCUUUGGCAAGUGCAGAUACAGAAGCCAACACCGUGUGUGAAAUUGUCCAUGUAAAAUCAGAGUCUGAAGGGAGGCCGGAGAGAGUCUUCCACUUGUGCUGCAGCUCUCCAGAGAGCCGGAAGGAAUUCCUGAAGGCGGUGCACUCCAUCCUUCGUGACAAGCACAGAAGACAGCUCCUCAAAACCGAAAGCCUUCCCUCAUCCCAGCAAUAUGUCCCCUUUGGAGGAAAAAGAUUGUGUGCGCUGAAAGGGGCCAGACCAGCCAUGAGCAGGGCAGUAUCUGCCCCCAGCAAGUCUCUGGGGAGAAGGCGGCGGCGGCUGGCUCGUAACAGGUUUACCAUUGACGCCGAUGCCAUCUCUGCAAGCAGCCCCGAGAAGGAGCCUCAGCAGCCCCCCGGCAGCGGCCGGUGGCAGUGGCGGGGCGACACUGAUCGCUGGGUCGAGGAGCAGUUUGAUCUGGCUCAGUACGAGGAACAGGAGGACAUCAAGGAGACAGACAUCCUGAGCGAUGACGAUGACUUCUGUGAGGCCCUUCAAGGGCAGCAGUGCCACCGAGGACCGUGAACUGCAGGAGCGGCUGCAGGCCAACGUCCAUCGGGCAGCGGGGAGAGCGCGGGUCGCCGGGCCCUGAACAGUCACGCAUCCCGCAUGACACAGCUCAAGAAACAGGCAGCCUUGUCUGGCAUCAACGGUGCACCAGAGAGCACCAGCGAGGAGGUCAUCUGGGUCCGUCGUGAAGACUUUGCUCCCUCCAGGAAACUGAACACAGAGAUCUGACCGUGGUCCCCAGCCCCUUAUCGAGUGUGUGUGUCUGGGUGACUCUCCCUUCUCACCCUGUCAGCCCUUCGGCUCCCCCUCCUGCACCCCUGGAGGGGGAGACCAUUCUUCCCCUUAGCUCAUGCACUCUUGUACACGCAGGUCUGGCAGCUGACUUGGUUCUGAAGCCGUGUAGCCACCACCAUCCCCCCUACAAUGUCCCUGGGAUCAACACUGAAAAACAUGCUGAACCCCUCCAACCAUCAGCCUUGGAGAGCCCCAAGGGGCCUUUUAUUUAUUCUCUUCAGCAAGCAGGUUCUGAUGAUUUGGAACAACCCAUAAACCAACGAAGUUUUUUAUAGCUCUGGAAUAUCAGUGAACCAGGAGGUGGAAUUUGGACCACAGAUGAUGGGAGGGAGAAGAUGGCAUAAUCGUUGUCUCCCCCAGUUCACCUGGUCUGAAAUGCACCCGGGAUCUGUCUCCUAGGUGUUUUGGGGAAUGGAUCCACCUUCACAUACGGAACCAACCAGAGCAACUGUGCAGUCUGGACGUGAACAAAAGUUCUUGCCUCUUUCCUUCCCGAAAUGUCUGAGCGUUUCUGUGUAUUUCAAGGAUGCAUGAGGAGACGGUGGUGAUUGAUUUGUGAUUUAUGUUUCCAUGAGCCCAUGCCCAUCCCUCUUUGAUUUUUUUUUUAUUUUCUUAUUUUUUCUUUUUUUCCAUUUUCUCUCUUCUGUUUUGUUCAAUGACUGGUCUUGACGUCAGUGUUGGAAAGUUCUAGUUUUGCAUAGAAUUAAAAAGCUGCCAAACUCUUUGAGAAAGAGAUCCAAAAUUUAUCACUUGAAGAAGAAGAAAAAAAGAAACACUAUUUUUUCUAUUUUAUCUGAGAUGCAGUGGGGAGGGGGUGUGAGGACACACAGAUGAGAAUUUUACAGUGUUAGUGUAAUUCUUGAGUCUAACAAAGUGAGGCUUUUACCUUUUCCAGAGAGAGUGAGCGAGGCAUGGUGAUUUUAUAUUUAUAUAUGAAAGGCCAAUAUGAUGCUCAUGCUUAGGAGAGACUUGUUUUUGUUUUUAUUUACCCAGAAAGCAGAUGUGGUUUUUUAUCAUUUGUUGUUGUUGUUGUUGUUGUUCUGUUCUGUUCGCUGUUUUGUUUAUGAUUUCUGUUUUGUUAAUGUUUGAAUAUCUAUUUGAGUUUGGUU